GUCUACACGCCGCCCCAUCAUGAUCCUGCUCUACACCGACUUCGGUUCCGCCGGCCCCUACGUGGGGCAGAUGCAUGCGGUGCUGGCGCGCGAGGCGCCGGGCCGGCCGGCCAUCGACCUGAUGCACGACGCGCCGCGCUUCGCCCCCCGGCCGGCCGCCUAUCUGCUGGCCGCCCUGGCCGAACAGGCGCCGGCGGGGGCCGUCUUCCUGGCCGUGGUCGACCCCGGCGUCGGGACGGCGCGCGCGCCCCUGGUGGUGCAGGCCGGCGGCCACAGCUUCGUCGGGCCGGACAACGGGCUGCUCGCGCUGGUGGCGCGCCAGCGCGGCCGCCGGGGCGCGCCGCCCAGCGCCUGGGAGAUCGACUGGCGCCCGCAGUGCCUGUCGGCCAGCUUCCACGGUCGCGACCUCUUCGCGCCGAUCGCCGCGCAGCUCGCCCGCGGCGGCGUGCCGGCGGUGCGGCCCCGUCAGCUCGACAGUCUGAUCGGCCACGACUGGCCUGACAGCCUGGCCGAGACGAUCUAUAUCGACGGCUACGGCAACGCCAUGACCGGCCUGCGCCUUCUGGUACGCCAACGCCUGCGGCCUGGCCGAGAUCGCCGUCAAUCAGGGGGCGGCGGCCGAGGCGCUGGGCCUGACCCUCGGCAGCCCGAUCGGGAUCGAAGAGCCAUGAACGAGAGCAACCUGCGCGGCAUCCUGCUGGGCGUGGCCGCCAUGGCGGUGGUGGUCACCGCAUCGAACAUCCUGGUGCAGUUCCCGAUCAACGACUGGAUCACCUGGGGCGCCUUCACCUAUCCGGCCGCCUUCCUGGUCACCGACCUGACCAACCGGGCGCUCGGCCCCGGCCCGGCGCGGCGGGUGGUCUACGCCGGCUUCGCCCUGGCGGUCCUGCUUUCCAUCCUGCUGGCCGACCCGCGCAUCGCCCUGGCGUCGGGCACCGCCUUCCUGGUCGCCCAGCUUCUCGACGUCACCCUGUUCGACCGCCUGCGCCGGGCCGCCUGGUGGCAGGCGCCGCUGGCCUCCUCGACGCUCGGCUCGGUCACCGACACCGCGCUCUUCUUCAGCCUCGCCUUCGCCGGCAGCGGCCUGCCCUGGGUCACCUGGGCGCUCGGCGAUCUCGGCGUGAAGCUGGCGAUGGCGCUGGUGCUGCUGCUCCCCUUCCGCGCGCUGAUGACCGUGAUCCCGGCGCUGCGGCCGCGCGCGUCCAGACCGUCGCAAAUCACGCUACUCCUCCAGGCUGCGGAGGUAGGCGACGAUGUCGUCGAUCUGGGGCUCGGUGAGCUGCAGGCUGGGCAUCUGGGGGUGCGGCGCGUAGACGAAGCCGCGGAUGCGGCGCUCGCUCAUCUGCGGAUGAUUGGCGAUGGCGUGGAAGGUGGGCGCGGCAUCGCUGGCGCCGCGCGCGUCCUCGCCCACCAGAUGGCAGGCGGCGCAGAGCUCGCGCGACAGGGCCGCGCCCCGCUCGACCGCCAGGUCCCCGGCCGCCAGGUCCCCGGCCGCCAGGUCCCCGGCCGCCAGCCCCCCGGCCGCCUUAUCCUCGGCGGCUUCGGCCGGCGCCCGCGCUCCGGUCAGGGCCAGCCCCCCGGGCCGCAGGUCGAACCGGGGGUCGGGGGAGAUGCGGGCCGCGUCGAAGGCGCGCUGAUCGUCGCAGUGGGCACGCACGGCGAUGAUCUCGCGAUCGUUUUGCCGGAUCACGCUGACCUGGGAGAAGAAGCUGACGGUGCAGUCCUGCUCCUCGGCGAGCUGCGCGACCAGUUGCUCGCGCCAGUCCGCGCCCUGGGCCCCCGCCGCGCCCCCCGCCGCGCCCCCGGCCGCCCCGCCGAGACCGAGCGCGAGGCCGGCCGCCAGCCAGGCGGCAAGGCCCAGCGGGGCGCGGCGGGCGGGCCGGAGUCUCAGGCGCUGCGCGAGGUCUUCGGCCACGGCGCCUUUCGCGGCCUGCAGUCGGAGGCGGUGGAGACCCUGCUGGCGGGCGGCGACGCGCUGGUCGUGGCGCCCACCGGCUUCGGCAAGUCGGCCUGCUACCAGGUGCCCGCCCUGUGCCGGCCGGGCACCGCCAUCGUGGUCUCGCCGCUGAUCGCGCUGAUGGCCGACCAGGUCGCGCAGCUCCGCGAGGCCGGGGUGGCCGCCGACAUGCUGAACUCCGCCCUGCCGGAGGAGGAGCGGCGGGCGGUGAUCCAGCGCCUGCGCGGCGGGCAGACCCGGCUGCUCUACGUCGCGCCGGAGCGGCUGCUGCUGGACGGCACGUUGGAGCUGCUGGAGAGCUGCCGGAUCUCGCUGAUCGCCAUCGACGAGGCGCACUGCGUGUCCCAGUGGGGCCACGACUUCCGGCCCGAAUACCGGCGCCUGUCGGCGCUGGCCGGCUGGUUCCCCGAGGUGCCGCGCAUCGCGCUGACGGCGACGGCCGACGCCCAAACCCGCACCGACAUCCUGACCCAGCUCCGCAUGGACCGGGCGCGCGUGCUGGUCGGCGGCUUCGACCGCCCCAACCUGCGCUGGAACUUCGCGGAGAAGCGCGAGCCGCUGCGCCAGCUCGACCGCUUCCUGGCGACCCGUCCGGAAGGCUCCUCGGGCAUCGUCUACGUCGGCUCGCGCAAGAAGGCCGAGCAGACGGCCGAGCGGCUGGCCGCCAUGGGCUACGCCGCCGAGGCCUACCACGCCGGCCUGGACAGCGAGCUGCGCGGCCAGCGCCAGGCCCGCUUCCUGCGCGAGGACGGCCGCAUCGUGGUCGCCACC